AUGAUAAUUGUGACGAUACUGAGAACUCAAGCUCUGCACACUAACACCAAUAUCUUUAUUGUGUCAGUGGCUCUACUGGAUUGUGUCAUGGCGGUGUCCGACUUCACGCAAGGUAUCGUUUACAGCACUACAUUCAGACAUAAUAUUCAUGUUGCAAACAUUAUCGAUACCGUCCUUCUGGGAACAGGAUACGGUGCUUUAACAAUAUCUUGUACACACAUGGCAAUUAUUGCCAUUGACCGCUUUAUAAACAUCGCCUAUCCGUUUUACUAUAUUUUAAACGUAACAAAACGACGUUUAAUAGUAGUGCUAAUUAUUGCAUGGUUAUUUGGGUUGGCCUAUUCCACUGUUCCCAUAAUGUUUUACAUAGAUGACAAGUAUCAUAGACAUUGCAUUACUUCCAGUCCCCCAUUGGAGUAUUUUAUUAUUAAUGCAUCAUUAAACGUCAUUGACUAUUUUGUCAUUUUUGCAUGCUAUUUUAAAAUUGCACAUUUGGCUUUCACGCAUAAAAAAGCUGCCAACGCCCGCAGAUUAAAAAUAGAAAACCCUGAGAAGGUUCUCAAGUUACGGAAUACUCGAAUAGCAGCCAUGAAAAGUGUCAAAUUUUUCGUUUGCUUAUUUGGAACAUUUUUUGCGUUUACUUCGCCUCAAAUUUUUGUUACAGGAAUUCGGCUUUUAUCAUUUAACAUUCCAGAUACAAUAAUAAUUAUUAUUUUUUACUUAUAUGAGGUUCAUUCAGUCAUGAAUUUUGUCAUCUAUUAUCACGUGUACAAAGAGUUUUCAGAUGGGUUUAAGAAAUUGUUGCAUGAUAUGAUUGCUGUUUGCAAAAUUUCCAAACCGUAA